AUGUUACAACCGAAACGCGUCCAUCGCAUUCGCCAGAGGUUGGCCCAUUUCACCCUGAAAGCAACGUUGUACGUAUCCUGGGUCCUCGGACUAUUUCCAUUCACAUUUGACUUGAGGAAAAGGAAACUGCAUCGUUCCAAGUGGCUUUUGGCUUAUGGUUUGGUUUUAAACAUAAGUCUGAUGGUUUUGGCCUUGCUGCCAUCUACUGAUGAUCACAAUUCCGUUAAAGUGGAAGUCUUUGAGCGGAAUCCCUUGGUAAAAGAGGUCGAGGAACUCGUGGAGGUUAUAAGCUUAAUAACCACAAUAAUAACUCAUUGGCGAACCUUCUGGAAUUCAAAGGAAUUACUUGCUGCUCUGAAUGAAUGCCUGAUGCUAGAGGACCGUCACUUUAGUAAGCUCAUCCUCGGAGAAUGUCGUCAAUUCGAUAGGUAUGUGAUCGAAAAGGGUCUGGUGGUAAUCAUGGAGAUUGGUUCCUCUUUGGUGAUUUACUUUGGAAUACCGGAUAGCAAAGUGGUUUUUCAUGAGGCAGUGUGCAUCUACAUUGUUCAGCUGGAGGUUUUAAUGGUGAUAAUGCACUUUCACCUGGCAGUGAUAUAUAUUUAUCGAUUUGUAUGGAUUAUCAAUGGACAACUCUUGGAUAUGGCCAGUAAACUGAAGAGAGGUGAAAUAGUGGAUCCUGAGCGAAUCCAAAAGCUCCUUUGGCUUUAUGGUCGCCUUUUGGAUAUAAACUCCCGCCUGGCCGCCAUUUACGACAUCCAGGUUACAUUUUUUAUGGCCACCCUGUUGUCGGCCAACAUUAUUGUGGGACAUGUCCUGGUCAUUUGUUGGAUCAACAUCAAAAGAUUCUCGCUGGUAGUGAUGAUUCUGCUUUUUCCUCAAGCCCUCAUCAUCAACUUUUGGGAUCUUUGGCUGGGCAUCGCCUCUUGUGAUUUGGCCGAGAGUACGGGACAAAAAACCUCCAUGAUCUUGAAGUUAUUCAACGACAUUGAAGGUAUGGACAAGGAACUAGAAAAAAGAGUAACUGAGUUCACAUUUUUCUGCAGUCACCGUAGGCUGAGAAUUCGCCACCUUGGUUUAUUCGACAUUAACUACGAGAUGGGCUUCCACAUGAUUAUCACCAACAUUUUAUAUGUACAUUUCUUGGUGCAAUUCGAUUACAUGAAUUUAAAAUUCAAAUCAGAUUGA